AUGCCUAUUAAGAUCCACGGCCCGGCUCGCGCCAUCUGCACCAAGCGGGUGACUCUUGUCCUGGAAGAGAAGCAAGUACCCUACGAGCUGGUCCUGAAGAACUGCGACACUCUCGAGGCGCGUCGACACCCCGACUUUCUCAAGCUGCAACCAUGGGGCAAGGUCCCAGUUCUCGAGGACGAUGGCGUCUUCAUCUUUGAAAGCCGGGCCAUUUGCAAGUACAUUGCCAAGAAGUACGCGGCGCAGGGCUCCAAACUGGUGCCAGAUGACGCGGACCUGGUAGGAUACGGCCUCUUUGAGCAGGCCUGCUCCAUCGAGAACAACUACUUUAAUGACCCUGCAGAGAACCUUGCUUAUGAGGUAUACUUUAAGUCGCACCUCGGUAGAGGCGCCGCCGAUGACGCCCGCGUUCAGGAGCUCGCGACCAAGCUGGACAAGGCAUUGGCCGUCUACGAUACUAUUCUAGGGAGGCAAAAGUACCUGGCUGGUGACGAGAUUUCGCUGGCUGAUCUGUUCCAUUUGCCGUACGGCAACUUGGUUAGGACUCUGGGCUACAAGGAGACGUUUGAGAAGUACCCAAAUGUUGAGAAGUGGUUUGCAGAGCUCGCGGCUAGAGAAAGCUGGGUCAAGAUUAGCUCUGCAGCAUAA